GUUAUUGCGACGCUCUCAGCAGUCAGUUUCCUAAGUAGCCUAAGUACUGGCCUCUUAACCAUUGGCCUUCCACGGAUGGCAGUGGACAUUGGGUUGCAAGACUAUCUGAUCGCAUGGCCGUCAUCCGUAUAUACAUUGGCUAGUGGAUCUUGCCUAAUCAUCGCUGGAUCCAUCGCAGACGUUGUUGGCAACCGUCUUGUCAACACAAUAGGCUGCUUCUUGGUCGGCUGCUUCAUCAUAGCAUGCGGCGUUGGCAGAACUGGCAUUGAGUUGAUUAUGUUCCGCGCUUUCCAAGGCGUCGCUGUGUCACUUUGUCUCCCUACCUCUGUUGCAAUUGUUGCUAGCAUUACAACCAGUGGCCGCCAGCGAAAUAUUGGAUUUUCUUGCUUAGGUUUUGUGCAGCCCAUAGGUUUCUCUCUCGGCUUGGUCCUCGGCGGAGUGCUUCUGGAUACAGUAGGGUGGAGAGUGGGAUGGUAUAUAUGCGGUGGGCUAACAAUAGCUCUAUUUUUCAUCAGCUUAUGGGCUUUGCCGGUGGAUGAAAAAGCUGAAGGCACAGUCUUAUUACGACUUCGGAGAGACAUUGAUUGGAUUGGUGCAAUCCUGUCUUCUGCCUCUCUAGCACUCCUCUCAUACGCUCUUGGGGUGAUGUCGAGCGGUGUGCACAACAUUGCAAUCCCAGGGAAUAUCGCAGCGCUUACGGUUGGUGUACUGCUUAUCCCGUCUUUUAUCCUUUGGCAGCGGCAACAAGAAAAGGAGGGAAAACCAACCCUGAUCCCCAACUCCUUAUGGAACAAUAGAACAUUCACAACCGUCUGCCUUUUGGUUAUUUUUUCUUACGCUGUUGUAAAUGCUAUGGAACUUUUCUGCAGCCUAUUCUAUCAAAAUGUGCAGCAACUCUCUGCGCUCCAGGCGUCUUUGCGUAUCCUGCCAAGUCUCAUUGUAGGGGCAUUGGUACAAGUUUCAACUGGUUUACUAAUUCACAGAGUUCCUGCAUUUUAUCUGCUUCUCGUAUCCAUGAUACUGAGCGCGGGGGCACCACUCCUGAUGGCAACCAUAAGCGUGCACCAGCCGUAUUGGUUUAAUGCCUUCUUCGCACAACUUGUUUCUCCAUUUAGCGCAGAUAUCCUCUUCACUGUCGGUUUACUCGUUGUCUCUGAUGUAUUUCCAGCCCGCAUGCAGGCCUUAGCAGGAGCAGUUUUCAACACUGUUGCCCAAUUCGGUACUUCAGUUGGUCUGACUAUCAUGGCUGUUAUUGCAGCCUCGACCACAAACGGUUCUAAAUUAAAGGAUAAGAACUCUCCGGAUGCGCUCAUGUCAGGGUAUCGGGCGAGCUUCUGGGCUGCUUUUACUUGGAUGUGUUUGGCGUGCUUCAUUGGCGCCUACGGGCUGCGGAAGAUGGGAAGGGUUGGGCUAAAGAGAGACUAGCGGCGCUACGCAUACAAUUGCAAACUAUCCUACGUCAAUACAAACAUGAAAUUUUCAGUGGAAUAAAGACUGUAUCGACGGCUGAUUAGGAAUGAAUAUCGCAAUUUAGAUUGGUUGCUAAUAAUAGUGAGC